CCGUCCAGCGCCGUCUCGGACUUUUGCGCUGCAUUUCCAUUCCUUCGUGUUGCUGCACUAGUUUAGUGUAAAUUUGCAUUGCUUUGCAGUGCAUUGUAUUGUGUGUGGUGUGAUUGUGAAGUAGUUUUGACGAUGAGGCCCCCGUUGACGAGAGGGGGUGGGGGAUUCCGAGGAGGGAGAGGAGGAAGAGGAGGAGGGAGAGGCGAUGGAGGAGGUCGCGGAGGCGGCCGUGGCUUUGGAGGAGGCCGCGGGGGCCGAGGUGGUGACAGAGGCGGGCGAGGAAUGCGAGGAGGUGGCCGCGGAGGAGGACGAGGCGGUGGGGGAGGUCGCGGCGGUGGCCUGAACGGAGGAGCCAAAGUGAUCAUCGAGCCUCACAGACAUGAAGGCGUGUUCGUUGCCAAGGCUAAGGAAGACGCGCUUGUGACGAAGAAUCUCGUCCCUGGAGAGAGUGUGUAUGGCGAGAAGCGGAUUUCGGUUGAUAACGAAGACGGUACCAAGACGGAGUACCGAGUAUGGAAUCCUUUUAGGUCCAAGCUCGCGGCUGCUAUCUUGGGCGGUGUUGACAACAUCUGGAUUAAACCCGGUGCUCACGUUCUCUACCUAGGUGCUGCGUCAGGAACAACCGUUUCUCACGUUUCCGACGUAGUGGGACCGUCGGGUAUUGUGUAUGCUGUCGAAUUCUCUCACCGGAGUGGGCGAGACCUCGUGAAUAUGGCGAAGAAGCGAACCAAUGUCAUUCCCAUCAUUGAAGACGCGAGACAUCCGAUGAAGUACCGCAUGUUGGUCGGUAUGGUGGAUGUUAUCUUUGCCGAUGUUGCGCAGCCCGAUCAAGCCCGAAUCGUUGCAAUUAAUGCUCAUAAUUUUUUGAAGAAUGGUGGCCACUUUGUGAUUUCGAUUAAGGCUAAUUGUAUCGACUCGACCGUGCCUGCUGAGGCCGUCUUUGCCGCCGAAGUGAAGAAGUUGCAGAAGGAGCAGUUCAAGCCCGCCGAGCAAGUCACACUUGAACCUUUUGAGAGGGACCAUGCUUGUGUGGUUGGUACUUAUCGUGCACCAAAGAAAGCCAAGGCAGCUGCCGGUUCAUAGAUGUUGCUCUUAGUUAGGUUUCCAUUCUAUUCAGGGUUCAUGUUUUUGAAAUAGAACCGAUUUUAAACCAAAGAGCGCAUGUCCAGCUGCUGCGAAAGUCGACUUCGUUUGUAACUGACGGCGUCUUGUUUCUUAGAAGUUAGCAACCUUCGGUAGGCUCAAUGUCAUUUUUGAAUCGUAUAUUAGUUUUACGUCCUCAAUUAGCAUCAGUAACAUUGUGUGCUUAAUCUGAUUAUAGGGUCCUUCGUUGGUAGCCAGCUGUACUGUCCACAAAUUUCCCUGCGGGAACAGUUGCCCGUGCUGAAACUUCCGAAAGAUGUGUCACCCUUCGUCGUGAAAUAACAUGCAUUGUCUCUCCUCCACGUUCGUG